AUGCAGCCUGCUGACCCACGGGGGAAAAGAGUCGCCGUUGUGGGCGGUGGUCUGGUGGGUGCGUUAAAUGCCUGUUUCUUUGCUAGACGAGGUUUCAGUGUUGACGUUUAUGAAGCCAGAGAAGAUAUCCGGGUGGCCAGCUUUGCCCGCGGCAGAAGCAUUAACUUGGCUCUAUCCCACAGAGGACGCCAAGCCCUCCGAGCUGUGGGGAUGGAAGAGCAGAUUGUGUCCAAAGGCAUUCCCAUGCGGGCAAGGAGGAUACAUACGCCUUCGGGAAAGAAGUACUCUAUCCCUUACGGAAAGAAGAACCAGUACAUUCUCUCUGUAGACAGAGCAAACUUAAACAGAGAGCUGCUGACAGCUGCUGAUAAGUACUCCAACAUUAAACUCUACUUUGGACACAAGCUUGUGGGGUGCGACGCAGAGUUGGGAACAUUAACCAUAAAACGAUCUGACCAACAGCCAUUGCAAGUCACCUAUGAUCUCAUUGUGGGAUGUGAUGGAGCCUUCUCAACAGUCAGGAAGGAGUUCAUGAGGCAAACACGCUUCAACUACAGUCACGAGUAUAUUCCUCAUGGCUAUAUGGAACUGACCAUCCCUCCCAAGGAUGGAGACUUUGCCAUGGAACCAAACUACCUCCAUAUCUGGCCAAGGAACACCUUCAUGAUGAUUGCGCUGCCCAACAUGGACAAGUCCUUCACCUGCACGCUCUUCAUGCCCUUUGAGGAAUUUGAGAAGCUCACAACCGGCGAACAAGUGCUGGAUUUUUUCCAGACCCACUUCCCGGAUGCAAUCCCCCUCAUCGGAGAGCGAGAGCUGAAGCACGAUUACUUUUUGCUGCCAGCCCAGGCCAUGAUUUCGGUGAAGUGUUCCUCCUACCACCUUGCUUCCCGGUGCGUGCUGAUGGGAGACGCCGCGCAUGCCAUUGUGCCCUUCUACGGACAGGGCAUGAACGCAGGCUUUGAGGAUUGUUUAGUCUUUGAUGAAUUAAUGGACCAGUUCUGCAAUGACCUUGGUGCCUGCCUCCCUGAGUUCUCCAGGCUGAGGGUGCCAGACGACCAUGCGAUCUCAGAUUUAGCCAUGUACAACUAUGUAGAGAUGCGUGAGCACGUGAAUUCAACGUGGUUCAUUUUCCGGAAGCACGUAGACAACUUCCUCCACACCCUCAUGCCUUCCACCAUUGUCCCACUGUACACCAUGGUGACCUUCACCAGAAUUCGCUACCAUGAGGCACUUCAGCGCUGGAAAUGGCAAAAUAAGAUAAUAAAUCGAGGGCUCUUUGUCAUGGGGGCAGCAGGACUGGGUGGCACCUGCCUGCUCAUAAGGCGGCUGCCACGGGACUUGGACUUCUGCAUGGAAAACUUGUGGGGCUGGCCCCGCUAUCUGAAGAAUAUGGGAAAUUUUCUGUUUGGCACACAAGUGGCUUAA